CAACAGCAAAACGGCCUCGAACUUGAACGCAUUCGGGAUGUAAAUAAAAACAGUUUGCAGUUUGGUGAAAAAUCGAUAUUGAAACUUACCUGAAAAUGGGUUCGGAAAGUGUUUACGAACUAAUUGGCAGCCUAAUGCACGCGAUUGGCCGUGAAUCUGCCCGCAAGCCAUCGGAUGUCAUCACGAAAAAAUGCAAAUCGUUAGCAUUUGGGAUUUUGCUGGGGAAGCGUUCCGCCACCGCCCCAGCGAACGAACGGGAUAACGAAAGCAUCCGCUUGGCGCGGCAGAUGAUAAUGGAGGAACCGAUCGAAAUGUUGCAUUGCCAUCUGUUUGAGAUGCAACUGCGAGCUACGUACCAGUUCCAGAAGCGGCGCUGCGAGAGGUUCGAUAAGUUAUUGGAUCAGCUGGAUCUCGGUCGCCAGGGUGGAUCGGAGGCAGUGUUCGAGGGGAAGGAUAAGCAAAUUUUGCAGUUUCUGCUGCUACUGCGGGAUUCCGUUCCGGAUGGGAGGGAGCUCGGUGAGAGGGAAUCCCUGACGGGGGACUGGAUGCCGUCGACGCAUUUGGGUCCGUAUCCUAUCUUCCAGCAUGGAGACUUUCAGGCUGAUGCUGCAAAGUUGAAUGCUUAUUACAAGGAGCGAACUACAAAUCCAUACUGUUUGAAAAAGUCGGAUCAGGUUUUCUGGGAGGAUGUUACUGAUUUGCAGAAGAUCACAAAUGGUGCUAAGAAGGGAAAGCUUGUUCCGCAAAUCGAGAGUACUUAUAUAAGUGAUCCGAUGGCUGAAUUAGUUAGUUAUCAAGGACCCUUCCGAUACAAUAUGAUGAAGGGAGUUGUGGAUGAGGAUGAACAACUGUUAACUAGUUUUGAGAUUAUACCGGGAGAUAUGGUUGAACCGGUGAGCGUCGUGGAAAGUCCCCGAGAACAAAUCUUCAAUUUCAAUUGGGAAAAUCUUGGUAAUCGAUACGUUCCUGUGGAACAAUCAUUUGCGUCGGAAUGCAACGCAGCACUGCAUCUGAAUGCACUGGAAGUCGGUUCUUUGAAAAAGCAGUCAGAAAUCAGAGUGGUGAGAAAUGGAGACUUUUUGAGAGAUGUUAAAUCACUACUGACAGGAAUCAGUUCAAGAUGUUUCCAAUAUGAUGAUAGCAAUCGGUUUCUAAUGGUUGCUAAUUUUACGGUGGGCACAGUUUCACCCAUCACUAUGAAACAACUCGUGGAUCAGUUUGUACAAUUGGGAACCUGUUUUAGACGGCUGCAAAAGAUGACUAAGAAAAACCCUUACAAUCAUGCAAUGCUUCUCGAGGGUUUCGUUUUUAAAGCAUUUUGCGAUAGCGUCGAAAAAAUUCUUAGUUGCUUUCGAAUAGUUGUAAACAGCUAUGAAGGUUGCUCAUUGCUACAGUUGCAGCGACAAAUAGAACCUUCGAGGAAACAGCUUUUGGCAUUGGCCAAGUUUUGCGGUAUUCAUCCCGAUCACGAAAGUGUUAAAGAUUUCCCCAUUGGUUCGGUAUUUCUGGACUAUUUGUACAAGGAGAUAAUUCACAUCACCAGCACCGAUGUUUCCUGCUUCCUGCUGCAUAUUUUGAAACACUGCUGCUACGCUUAUUUCCUGCUCUUUCAGCAGUGGCUUUUCGGCGGUCAACUCCGAGAUCCCAGCGGGGAGCUUUUUAUCUACUUCGUAAAUCACUAUCGCCCAAAGACGAAGCACUUUUUCGACAAGGCUUUCCUCAUCCAACGGCAAGCGGUUCCGGGUUUCCUCAAGGGGUACGAGGAAGAUGUGCUGCUUUGUGGGAAGUAUACGAUGCUAUUGAAAGCCUUUCGACCGACGCACCCGAUUUUUUCGCUGAAAAUCCCGAAACUAGAAGUAUGUCUCUCGUAUAGCUCUGUGGAUCAGUUGAAGACUCGCUGGCUACAGCACGCAGCGAAGGCGCGGGAAAUCUGUGGUCCACCGGUUUCGGUGCAGCAGCUGUACGAGCAGAAGGAACGCAAACGGGAAGAGUUUCUGCGUCUGGUAGAGGAAAAGUUUCGUCGUAGUAUGACGCAGUGGCGUCUCGAUCAGGAUGUGGAAGCGGAGGAAUUAAGGCAAAAGAAGAAGCGCCAACGUGAGGAACUGCUGGAUCAGUUGAAUGAAAUACGGGAGAGCAAACUGGCAGCUCGGAAGCAGGAGAUUGCACAGGAAGCUCGCUUCCAGGAGGAGCGGUUGGAGCUCGAAAACCGUCAGUUGUUGGCGGAAAAUCUAGAACGGAAAAAAGUUGUUGAAGGAUACAAAGAGUUGAAUCGAAUGAUGGAAGAGAAAAGGAAUCGUGCGGAAGCUGAAGUGAAUCGGUUGCAGGUGGAGCUUGCUGGUAGUGGCGUAGAAACCGUCGACAUUAUGGGGGAUAGCGAGAAUGAGUUCGAAUCGUGCGUUGGUGGGAGUACGACGGAGGACGAAAGUGCAUCGUACUACGAGGAUGCUCAGAGGAGUCCUUUGAGUGAUCGAAGGGAUGAUUUGUCUAAUGAGGAAGAAGAUGAAACCACGAUCGUGGAGAAUGCAGAGAUCGGGGAAAGUGAUCUGGUGAACUGUAACGAUGUAGUUAGUGAGUUUGAGAGAAACAAACAGAAGGUUUUAGGAUCUAACCUGGGAAACUAUUUGACGGAAGAUCAUGAGAACGCCAAUAUAGAGGCAAUCAAGGAAACAGCUUCUGCCGGAAUUCGCCAAUUGACGGAAGCCCAACGAAACCGAAUCAAAAUUCUUUCGCAGGAAUUUAACUGUGUUGUGGACGAGGCCCCGGUUGAGCAAACAGACCUUAAUAGCAACCAAACGGAGGAUCGACAUCGCAAUCGUCAAAAGAUUUUGAUUAGUGAUUUUACCAAUAGGCAACAGAUCGCCGAGAUGGAAGCUACUCGAGAGCUGACCGAUCUGGAGAGGAACCGCAUGAAAAUAAUGAGCCAGGAAUACAACGUAAUUGUUAACGAUCAUAGUCGCGGUUCACAGCGAGACCGGAAACCGGAUAUGUAUUUGAAUUUGGACUCGGAUCGAGCUAGAAACCGUAGACGAAUCCUAGAAUGCGAGUAUGAUAUUUUGACCGGAGCGCAGAAUUUUGUCGACACGCCGAUGUCUGUCGAUAGCGACACGGUCAGUGAAGAUCUUCAGUUGCCGUUGAUUGUGGUGAAUGGAGUGUGUCAAGACAUCAACGCUAACACGCUUGGAUCGGAAUGUGGCUCGCUAAAGCUGAACACAGCUAUUGCACAGGAGCAGUUCAACGAAAGUCGGUUCGGUGUUCCGGAUACGGCACUUUUAGCACAGGAGACCCCAGAAAGUGCCCUGAAUACGGCUGGUCUCCAUGCAAAACAAGGAUUCGAGUUUCCUGAAGUGCGAAAAAGUUGUUCCAUUCUAAAGCUUGAUACUGACAACAGCUACGACGAGGAUGAGAUCUACAAAGACUUUGUGGAAGCUUUGAAGAGGCGAGAUUUGAAUCUUUGUGAGUUGGCUAGUAUGAACAAUGAAGUUGGUAGCCUCUCCGAGCUUCGUCAACUAGAUAGCGAACUACGAAGUGUCGAUGUGUUAACUGUAACCCGCUUCCUCCAGAGUUCCCUGGUGAUUCCCCUUAAAGCUCAUAUGCAGAUAGUGAACAGUGAAAUUAUGAAAAUGUGUUUGAACGACCUGGAUAUCUUGGGGCACUUUGAAAGCCUUCGUAACUACUUUCUACUGAUGGACGGAGAGUUUUCCUGCUACAUCUGCGACAACCUCUUCAUAUUGCUGGAACAAGUUUGUAGCCCAGAUGAGCUGCUAAAUUAUCAAACUUUGCAUACAAUUUUAGAUUCGGCGUUAUGUUCCAGUGCGGCAGGUGCCGACAGAAACGCUGAUCGUUUAUCGUUCAACGUGGAACAGAUUCCCGAACGUUUCGACCUGUUUCAUCCGAACGCGAUCAGUAUGCUAAAUCUUAGCUACCGCGUUGAAUGGCCUCUAAAUCUCAUACUGAAUCCGGAAACCAUCGAACAAUACGCUAAUAUCUUCAAGUAUUUGGUAAAAGUACGCCGCGUUAGUUUCGUACUCGGUAAAUCAUUUCAACUGCUUAAGGAAACCCACCGACAGUUCGGCAAACGAAUCCUGAGCUCACCCCAGUACAGUCGUGUUCAGCUGAUCUCGCACAAACUGUCCCAUCUGGUCAAUGCCCUUAAGAAUUACAUCACAAGCAGUGCGCUGCAGGCAUCCUGGGAAACAUUCCGCAAGGAUCUGGAGUCAGCCGAAUCAAUGGAGGAUCUGUACCGUAAGCACACCAACUACAUAAAAAGAAUUCUUUUUCUGUGUCUGCUGAGCAAAAAGAGUCUUGAAUUUUACAACAACAUGGAGGAGAUCUUCCGGGUUGUUCUCCGUUUCUAUAAACACCUAAAGUCUAAGGUAUGGCGCCCGCAAGACAAAAGCAACCCAAACUCAGCUUACAUUCACCCAAAGUAUGCGCAGAUCCUCACCGACGAGAGUGAUUUCGAGAAGCUGAUCAAGUAUACGAUCUAUCUGGGGAACAAAAUGUACGAUCGCGGUUAUCAGAAGGAGAUUCACGAGUUUAUCAAUGUUAUCAAUAUCAACGGCUAUUAUGAUGCAACUGGUGAAGUUACCCAUCAGUGAAUCACGAUGCAAACUUAUACAAGUUCCUUAUCGGUGUAACUGUUGUCGAGCUUCCUGAUAUGUGUGCCGAAUAAAUUGUAUCCUCCAGUGGAAGCAUAAUAAAAUUGUUAUCUCGCACUCUAGCUUUGCAAAAUGACCAAAUUGUUUUGCAGCUCUGACACGAUAAGAUAGAUGGAUAGAUCUAUAGGUUAGAGCUGCUAAGCGUCUAUCUCACUCUUGCCCACGCUGUUUUCUUUUGAUCCAGUGAUGUUAUUAAAGAAGGAUACUUCUCUCAGCCUAGAUUAGCUAAACAAUUCACCCACCAAGCUAUUCACGACCUUAAGUUAACUACGAUGUAAUCAUAUCAAAACUGUUCCCGAUCGUGAGUGUUCAUUGUUAUUAUAGACCCAUGUGUAUAUAUAAAUAAAAUAUUAACCGAUAA